GGCCGGGCCAUGCCCCCGGCCCGCCCCCGGCCCCGGGCGGGGCUGCCCCGUGCCCGGCCCCGCCCGUCCCGCCGCGGUCUCGCCUCCGCCCGGCUCUGGCCGUACUGGCGGUGGCGCUGCUGGGCGGGCAUCAGUGCCUGGAGCUGGGGCGGCAUCGCCGCCCUUUGCCUCGGCCUGGCCCAAGCCCGGCCCCGGCCCCGAGGCAGGCUCCAGCCCCGAGCCCGGCCCCGGCCCCGGCCCCGGCCCCGGCCCCGGCCCCGGCCCCGGCUCCGGCUCCGGCCCCGGCUCCGGCUCCUCCCGGGGCCUGCGGAGGACACACGCGGGGCGGCCGCUCCCGCCGCCUCCGCUGCGGCUUCCCCGGCCCGAGCUCCGCCGCUCGGCAGCGCGGCCGCCGGCCCCGAGCCGCCGGGGCCCGGGGCGGGUGGGGAUGCCCGGCCCGGGCCGCUCGGGGAGCGCUCGGGGGCCGUUGCUGGCCCCGGGCCGAGCGCUGACAGCCGCGUCUCGCCCGCAGGGAAGGCGCACGAGGCCCUGCAGGAGCGGUACCGAGUGGGUUCGCUGCUGGGGCGCGGCGGCUUCGGCAGCGUCUGCUCGGGGACGCGGCUCUCGGACGGCGCCCCGGUGGCCAUCAAACGCGUGCCGCGGGAUCGCAUCCGGCACUGGGGCGAGCUGCCCGACGGCAGCAGCGCGCCGCUGGAGAUCGUGCUGCUGGCCAAGGUGUCCCGUGGCUGUGCCUCUGUCAUUCAGCUCCUGGAGUGGCUCGAGCUCCCCGACAGCUUCCUGCUGGUGCUGGAGCGUCCGGAGCGGUGCCAGGAGCUCUCGGGUUUCCUGGCGGAGCGGGGGUUCCUGCCCGAGGAGGAGGCGCGGGCGCUGUUCCGCCAGGUGCUGGAGGCCGUGCAGCACUGCACCGCCUGCGGGGUCCUGCACAGGGACAUCAAGCCCGAGAACAUCCUGCUCGACCUGGCCAGCGGGCAGCUGAAACUCAUCGACUUUGGCUGUGGCGCCUUCCUCCAAGACACAGCCUACACCCAGUUUGCAGGAACCCUGUCCUACAGCCCACCAGAGUGGAUCCAGCACCAAUGCUACCACGGCGAGGCAGCGACAAUCUGGUCCCUGGGCCUCCUGCUGUGCCACCUGGUCAUGGGGAAGCACCCGUUCAGGAGGGGCCAGGAGAUCAUCCGGGGGCGGAUCUUGUUCCCACGAUGGCUCUCUCAAGAGUGCCAGGAUAUCAUUAAGAGGUGUUUGUCCAUGCAACCCUCGGACAGGCCGUCCUUAGAAGAGCUUUUCUGCCAUCCUUGGGUGCAGGGUGUUCCUCUGCCCUAG